AUGGACGAUUCCCCGCUGCUCGACGACCAGCUUCUCGAGUCUCCGGCCCGCGUUUUCGAGCGCCUGCGCCAGAUUCCCGGGUACACCUGGGACGAGUCGCGAGCCCCAUACCAUUCAACCUAUGACAAUUGGCACGUCUUUGGCUCCAGGCUCGUUGCCCCCGAACCGACUCGGUCUGCCACCAGCGGCAGCCAUCAUCAUGGCAGCAUUGCCUCUGCAGUUUCAGUCCAUGCCUCGGGUUAUCCUGUGACCCCUCCAGUUCCCCCUAGCUUUGUGCCACCAUCAAGUCGCGGCUCUUCGACUGAUCAACCACCUCCCCUUUUCAUUGCGCACUCUGACUAUCUCAACAGUCAGCGGCCCAUCCCGACGAACAGCGAUGAUACCAAUGUCGUGGAGCAACAGGUUAUUGCCCGAGUAUCGUACCAUGUGCUGCGCGAGGAGAGGGCCUUUCACACCUUCAAAAGCCUCAUCUCUAGUGUCGAUCCCGAAGCUGAACACAUCGUCAAACCGAUCGAUCUCAUCCGCCUUCCGCAGCAGCCGGGCGACAGAGGCCCCGUCAUCGUUGCGAUCUACGAAAAUCCCGGUCCGAACUACUUGUUCCAAUGCUUGGACCUUGGGCCAGCCUGGUACUCAGCGGUGAAGCACUCUGGACGCUGGGAAGCUCGCCCGAAGCGACCCCCAAAGCUGGAUGCCCCCCUCAGUUUGAAGACCUUUCUUGACUUUGCCAUCGGUGCGGCCCAAUGCCUGGAAGUCAUCCACCAUGGUCAGGGCGUGAGCCACGGCGAAGUACGGGGAGAUGCCUUCCACUUUAACAUCGAAACUGGCAAGGUCAAGCUCGUCAAUUUCGGAGCUGGUCUUCGGUCGUUCGAGCACAGUCUCACGAGUACUGGCUGGUCGUCCCUCUCCAGAGAGCUGGGUGUUAUGCAUAAAUUGCAGUACAUUAGUCCCGAACAAACGGGCCGCACCACCGCCGAGCCGGAUACUCGCACUGAUAUCUAUUCAUUAGGUAUCGUUUUCUGGCGUCUUCUCACUCAGCAGAUGGUUUUUCAAGGCGAGACUCCCCUUGAUAUUGUCCAGGCUGUUCUGAGUCGGAGGAUACCGAAUGUCACGGCGAUACGGAUCGAUAUCCCCGAAGUCAUCGGAAGGAUAAUCCAAAAAUGCACCGCCAAAAACAUCGCAGACAGAUAUCAUUCAGCUUCCGGGCUUCGUCACGACCUAGUCACAGUGCAGAAGAUGCUUGGCAAUGGGGAACUUGAAGGGCUUAAAGACUGGGCUAUUGGAACACACGAUGUCUCGUCGACUUUCCGGCUCCCGAUAACUAUGAUUGGCCGCGAGCGCGAGAGAGACGAGCUUGUGAAGAUCAUUGAACGCGCUUCUCGGAGUCACCACGUUAUUCGCAGCAGCAUAAUACACCACCAUCAUCACACAGACGGGACAGGCUACGCUGGCGAUGUUUCUGACUCCUCGAGUGACUAUACUAGGUCAAGCAGUAGAUCAAACCGCCGCAGCGCUGGCUCCUUUUCGCAGUCAGAUUCCAGGGCAAAGUUUGGUCAACAUGCGUCACCACCAGCGACUGACUCCGGCGCACGGUCCAUUGCGACAGUAUCAUCGGGUCACUCGAUAACAAGGUUUCACCUUCCUCGUCCCUGGGAUAAGAGUGCAACCGGGACUUUGGACGGCUCCGAUGGCGUCGCCCCUGACAUGGCGCGCUUCGGCAAUGUAGCUGCUACCACCACAGACUCCUCGGCUGCCAGCCUGUCGCGGCAUCUUAGCACAGCCAAGUUCAGGAAGCAGGGGCAUUGUGAAGUGGUCUUGAUCGAAGGCCCUGGUGGAGCUGGGAAGAGCUGUCUUGUCCAGUCAGUCAUGGCAGAUGCGCGGAGGAGGGGUUAUUGUGCCACGGCCAAGUUUGACCGGGCUAGAAAGACACCAUUUGAACCGCUACUUAAGCUGCUGUCAUCUCUUUUCCGUCAAGUACAAGGAGAAAGAAAUACGGAUAGCCCGUUUCACCAGGCUCUCAGACAGUAUGUGCGUCCUGUGUGGCCCAUGCUGCACAAAGUUUUGGGCCUUCCAGAGUUCUUACUCCCACCCGUCGAUCCGCAUGCAUCUCGUGGCUCCAUCUCUGUCUCUCCAGGCCCGGCGGUCAACCUCGACAGGCGCGAGUCAGUUACACCUGACAUCCUUCCACCGCCGUCUACUCCUAAAGCCUUCCCUGCACAGGCCGGUCAGAGCUCACGCGAAUUCCUCCGGACUGGCACCUCCACGAAAUCCAACCGGUUGAUGACCACCUUCUUGGAUGUACUGAGGCUAUUUACACAUCAGAAAUUCAUCUGUUUCUGCCUGGAAGACCUACACUAUGCCGACGACGAGUCACUUGAGCUCAUUAGCCAGAUUGUCGCUGCCAAGCUCAAGAUGGUGCUCAUUUUAACCUAUCGCCCCGAGGACAUGUCGGCUGAGAUUGUGCAAAGAAUAGUUAGCCCUCCCAGGCCAGAGGAAUCUCCUGGAAGAUCUACGAGCACAAAUAUCACCAAAAUCACACUUGCGCCGCUCUGUGAAGAUGACAUAGUGAGUUACGUCGCUGCCACACUCUCGUUACCUAAAGAAGAGGUGCAGCCGCUGGCCCUGGCAGUGAAGUCCAAGACGGCGGGCAACCCCUUUUACAUUCGCGAGAUGCUGAGUACAGCCCACGAGAAGAAGUGUAUUUGGUAUGACUAUGCUACUGCCCAGUGGAAGUUCGACAUGGACAAGCUCUUCAGUCAGUUUCAGGGCGAACAGGAUUAUCGCGUGCUUGACUGCGCGUUUAUUACCCGCCGCCUGAGCGAGUUGCCUUCCGCAUCCAGAUGCAUUCUGGCUUGGGCCGCUCUGCUAGGUCAGACAUUUUCCUUCGACUUGAUUUGCAAGUUGAUGGAGGAAGGGCGUUAUCUGGACGAGGAUCCAAAGUCCCCUUGCGAAGCAUUCAAGACGCCUGCUUCUCAGGAGGAAAUGUUCGCCGGGCUUGAUGCCGCCAUCCAAGCCUUCAUCAUUGUUCCAUCUGAUCGAGACGAUCUCUUCCGCUUCGCCCAUGAUCGCUAUGUUCAGGCUGCGUCAGCACUCCGCGAGUGUAAUGCCCGCAAGAUGCACUUUGUGAUCGCGCAGGUUCUUCUCCAGAAUGGUUUGCAUUAUCUGGCCCCUAAAGACAGCGCAGCUGCCCACAUUUGUGAGGCCAUCGACAUCAUCAAAGCGAAGAUUCCGCAUCGCCAGCGCUUCCGCAAAGUCUUAUUAGAGCAUGCCCACGAGGCUACCGAGAGUGGUGCCCGCCCAACCGCCGCCAAGUACUAUAACGCGGCCGUUGCCUUGCUCCAGCCGGAUCCAUGGAACGACGGGGGUGACACAGAAGAUGUCUCCUACGAGGAGACCCUUCAGCUCUACUUGCAGGCCGCCGAAUGUCAGCUAUACAUGGGCAAUCAGGGCGCUGCCAGUGAGCUGCUCCAGACGGUCUUUGACCACGGGAGGACACCUCUUGAUAAGGCACCUGCGUGGAUACUCAAGUCACGCAUUUUUACCCAUAAUGGCGAUGAGGAGCAGGCACUCAACUCUCUGAGACAGUGCCUCAAAGAGCUGGACAUUGUGCUGGAUGAGCAUCCUACCAUGGAAAGAUGUGAUGAGGACUUUGAGCGUCUGGCGGCGAAAAUUCAGGAAACGGAUCGUCAGCUUAUUCUUGACCCGCAGGGGACAGAGAUACAUGUUGAUGAUUAUUCAAUAGACUCGUCAUUCCUGGCAUCGCUCGGAGCAGUGCUAGCUGAAGCAGCAAGUGCGGGCUGGUGGACGGAUUGUGCGGUCUUCUACCAGGUUUCCCUCUACAUGGUUGACAUGCACUUCCGUCGUGGCGCAUAUCCUCAGUCUGGCCUGGCAUUUCUGUACAUGGCCGUCAUCGCCCUAUCCCGCUUCAACAGGGUGCAACUUGCUGCGGAUUUGUCGGCCAUCUGCCUUGAGCUGUUGGAUAGGUUCCGAGACCCUUACUCCUUGUCGCGUGGCUACAUGAUCUACGCCAACUUCGUUGGGCACAUCCAGGAUCCAAUUGAGCUUUGGCUAGGUCAACUUGAUGGCAUUGUUGACUACGCUGCUGCAGCCAGCGAUCGCAUCUCAACCAUCCUCAGUUUUGGCUUGGCCGCUCAUCUCAAGUUUUUCGCCAGCGAGAAUUGCUCCGAUAUCGAGGCUUUUUGUCAGUAUGGCUGCGAAGAGAUCCCCAACUGGCAACUUGACACUCGUGGCGGGACCCUCCUCAUUGCCGUUCGUCAGGUUGCUCGCGCAUUGCAGGGUAAGACGCGUUUCACGAGCCCUCUCGAUGUCAUGAGCGACGGAGAGCAUGACUCGACAGCCUAUAAGAACUGGCUUACCGACCGUACUCGCUACCGUGGCCGGGCGUUGAUGUGGUAUCAGACCAUGGAGAUGGUGCCGCUUUUUCUCUAUGGCCAUUACGAUCGCGCCAUUGAAGUCGGCAAGGCGUGUCUUGAGAGCGAGCACGUGCUGUGGUCGGCACGCAACACAAAGCUGGCUACAUUUUUUUACGGUCUUGCACUAGCCGGUGCUGCCCUACGCCAGCAACAAGACCCGCGCUUGCGUGGCCAGGAAGAGGAAUCGGUCAGCAGGGCCAAGGUUGAGGAAGUGGUUCGCCAGAUUGAGGUGCUGAACUGCAAGCUCAAGGCAUGGCAAAUUGUCGACAAGGUCAACUACGCUGCGUGGUCGAAGUUGCUGGAUGCACAAGUCUCCGAACUGCUUGGGCACCAUGGAGCCGCCAUCCGGCAGUACGAGCAAGCACUUGAUCAUGCCGCAGAGCAUAACUUUACCUUUGAAGAGGCUCUCGGCAACUAUCUUAUGGCCAACAUUUUCAUCAGAAAUGAGGCAAGACGAUCGGCGCGCUCUGCACUGCGUGAUGCAAUUGCUUUGUUCCGUCAGUUCGGUGCCACAGGUAUUGCUGACCGUAUCGAAAGCGACCAUAGCAUUCUCUUACACGGCGCAGUCCGUAACUCCCGUACUGUCGAUGUCGGGGUGCAGACAGAUUUCUCUGCUGAGGCUCAUUACCGUGCUGUCAUCGACGCAGCCAGCGGAAGCAUCGCGGACGACCAUCACAGUCAGCACAGCUCCUUGUCUGAUGCCGUCACAACCGACGAGCGCAUGGCAUCCUGGAAGGGCACGUUGCAGUCGUCUACUGCUGGCGCUGCCAGCUUGCCGGCGCUUGAUAUGAUCGAUAUGCACGGCAUUCUGCUCUCGUCACAGACUAUUUCGUCUGUCCUACACGUCGACGAGCUGCUCAAGACCAUGUGCGAUGUGAUCCUUAAGACAUGCAGCGGCUCAGCAACCCUCGCAGCCAUCAUCGUGGCAGACGAAGAAGCCGAAGCGGGGACAACAGACUGUUGGUGUGUCGCUGCCAGCGGUGAUCUGGAGAACGGAGCUAAGGCACACAUCCCCCCUGUGCCGCUUAGCGAUACCGAUCUCGUCGCCGAGAACGUAGUGCUGUACACCACGCGCUUCCGGGAGGCCGUCUUCCUUCAAGACCUCAUUGCUGACGAGCGCUUCAGCAACGUUGGUGAGGACUGGUUGCGCAAGAACCCUAGCAGCAAGGCAGUCAUCUCAAUUCCGAUCCACAGCGCAUCACAGCCACUGAUCGGUGUCCUCUACCUGGAGGGUUUGCCGGGUUCGUUCACCGACCGCAAUGUUAGCGUACUGCAGCUGCUGGUUAACCAGAUCGGCAUCAGCUACUCCAACGCGCUUGCCAUGAAGGCUAUUGAGAAGGUGUCAGCCGAGAAUGUGUCCAUGGUCGAGCUGCAGAAAAGGGCACUGGCCAAGGCCAUCGAGGCCGAAGCGAAGGCCAAGAAUGCUGAGGCCGAGGCCAUCCGUAACGUCAAGCUAGCUGAGGACGCGACCAAGGCGAAGUCCAUUUUCCUGGCCAAUGUCUCGCACGAGUUGCGCACUCCCCUCAACGGCGUAAUUGGUAACUCUGAGCUCUUGAGGGACAGUAACCUCAACAAGGAACAGCUCGAGAUGGCUGACUCGAUCCGGGUGUCUGCGGACCUGUUGCUGACAGUCAUCAACGAUAUCCUGGACUUCUCGCGGAUGGAGGCUGACAAGAUGAAGCUUUACAUCAUUGCCUUCAAUCCGGAAGAGAUGGUUCGCGAAGUUGUCCGUGCUGUCUCGUACAGCAAUCGCGAAAAGACUCGCAAGAACAAUGUGCAGAUCGUCAAGGACAUCAACUUACCGCCCAUGCUCAUCUACGGCGAUCCGAUCCGUCUGCACCAAGUGCUUGGUAACCUGAUUGGCAACAGCCUCAAGUUCACUGAGGAUGGCACCAUCACCAUCGGCGCGCGCAUCGACUCGGAGACUGAGGAUAAGGCGACUCUGACGUUCUGGGUCAAGGAUACCGGCAUUGGUAUCUCCCCCCAGCAACUCGAGAAUCUGUUCCAGCCUUUCAGCCAGGCAGACGCUAGCACAGCGCGCAAAUACGGAGGCAGCGGUCUUGGUUUGAGCAUCUGCAAGUCACUGAUCGAGACCAUGAUGAAGGGUACUAUCCAUUUAGAGAGCGAGGAAAACGUCGGCACCACUGCAUGGUUCACCGUGACCUUUGAAAAAGCCCGACCUGAGGUCGUUGCAGGCGAAGAGAAGCCUCCGAGUCCCUCCGAUACUCAUUCACAUCCUGCCCUGCCCGAAAGUCCCAGCAACACAGGUUACCACUCUCCAUCCCCGUCCAUCAGCAGUCACCCGCACUCCCCUGACCUCGGUGCCGUCCCUUCUCCAACCUUUGGCGCCCACGGCCCGCCCCCAGACCUCACCUGUAUCCCCAAGUCCGAGUUGCGCAUCUGCAUCGCCGAAGACAACGCCAUCAAUGCCAAGAUCGCCAUGCAGUACAUGCAUCGGCUGGGCUAUCCCAACGUGGACACGUACGAAAAUGGUCUCGAAGCGGUCAAGGGGCUGCGCGAGAAGUCUCGCGAGGGCAAGCCCUACCACAUUAUCCUCAUGGACGUGCAGAUGCCCUUGCUGGACGGGUACGAGGCGACGCGCAUGCUGCGGCAGGAUGAAGAUGAGAAUGUCAGGAAGGUGUUGGUCAUCGCCAUGACGGCGUCAGCGAUCCAGGGGGAUAGGGAGAAGUGCCUUGCGGCGGGCAUGGAUGAUUACCUGGCGAAGCCGGUUAGGAGCGAAGUGCUGAAGAGGAAGCUGGAUGCGUAUGUCACGCCCGAGGGGAGAAGGGCGUUAUUGGGGUUGUCCCAAACUAGACCAUCGACCCUUGGCCAGGGUCAGGGUCAGACGAAGGUUCAAGAGGUUAAGGAGAGCAAGAAUAGCAACGAAGAAGACGAGAAAUGA